AUGAGAAGAACAACUUAAACAUAAUAACCAACCUUGUUUGAUUAAAUAAUAUCUUAAACAAAUAAUGAUGAGCAAAGUUAAGAGAAAUAAUCUAAAUAAUCUAAAGUAAAUUAGAGUUAAUAAUCAACAUAUAAUAAAAAAUCUCUCCAUAAUUUAGUAUUUAAUAUAUUUAACUUAUAGCAAGAAAUAGUUUAUUAAAAGGCUUUUGAUUAUCAGGAAUAUAAACAAUCCUUGCGAUAUAACAACAAAAACCUAAAAAAAAUUGUCUUAUAAAACAUUAAUAAUCCUCAUGAAAAGCUAAUUCAAAGUUUAAUUAAAUACUCCCUAAGCAGUUUAGAAGAACUUACUUUAGAAAAUGUUGAAGUGGCAGAUUCUUAAUUUCAAAUAUUUUAGUAAAAAGGAGGACUUUCGAAAUGCUUCCAAAAUUUAACACAUAUAACACUUAAUUGUCCUAUCAUGACCUCACUUUCUAUUAAUUAUUUAUUCUAAGGCAUCUAAACUCUUUAACAUUUAGAUUUAAGCAAUACUUAAAUCGAUAAUUAAGGUAUUUACAAUUUAUGUUAAUUGAAAUGGCCCUUUUUGAUUAAUUUUAUUAUAUAAUGGUGCAGCAGAAUUGAUAAUUUAGAUGAAUUAGGUGAGAAUGCUGAAAACUUUCCUAAUCUACAAUAUAUUGAUUCUAGAUUUACUUAAACAGAUAAUUGGGCUUACAAUUCAAUUAUAAAUUCAAAAAUUAGUGUUACUUUACAUCAUUUAAGAUUAUUUGGGACUCAUGUUGAUUUAGAAACUACUUAAUGGAAAUCAUCCUACUUAUUAAAUCUGUUUAUGAAAACAAUGAAAGAUUAUAAUUUUUAAGAAUUUAAAAUCUAAAAUAAUCUUGCCUGUACUUAAAGUUCAAGUGAUUAUAAAUAAAUGAAAAUUAAUACAUGUAAUUAAAUAAUAAAUCAAUAGUAAUAACCAAAGAAAGUUAAAAAAUGAAUUUGAAUGUUUCUUGGAAAAUUGCCCCUCAAUAUUGCGUGUUAUAAUUUGUCGAUACUGCAGAAAAUGUGAGAAAUAAAUUUGCUAAUUUUGGAAAGUUAUUUGAAUUCCUUUAAAAGUAAUGGUAACUUAGAAGAUCUUUAUUAAAUCUUUGCAUUAUUUUUGAUUAAAUCUUAUGUGAUCCAAACAAUUUUGAUAUUGUUUUAAAAACUAUUAUUGAUUUUAAAGAGUUGAAAAAAUUGAAAUUUUAUGUAAGCAAUUAAUCAUUGUUAAAUCCUUCAAAUUACUUCUUUUUUUUUAAUUAAAUUGGUGAAUUAAAAUAACUAAUGUAUCUUUAAGUAAAGUAUUUUAAAUAUUAUAGUUAGAUUUAUAAAAUAAUGAAAUUGUUAUUAAUGAAUCCUUUUUAAAUAGAAUUAUUAGAACCAUUUAAUAAUUAUCAUAUUUGAAUUUAUUUUACUUAAAUAUAAGGUUUAAUGAAAUUAAGAAUAUCAAAGAUUUACAUAACUUCAAUUCUUAAAUUAUUAAUUCUAUUAAGAACCCUUACUUGAAUCACAUUUAUUUAAUGGAAACUAAAGAAGAAAAUUUAAAUUAUAGAUUUAAAUAGGCUCUAUCUUUAAUUCAUAGUAAUGCUUCAAAAUUUAUAAAUAUAAAUGAAUUUUAAAAUAUUAUACUUUAAUAAGAUGCUCAAAAUUAUAAGGAAAAGAUUUUUAAAUAUUAGACAGAACUAUUUUAUAAGAAAAAAAUGAAACUAAUAAGAUGCUGUGUGUUAAGUAAUUUUCAUUAAUUCAAUUAUGGAAAUAGAUUUAGAUAAUAAGUGAUUUAUUAAAUUUUAGACAUGAUAAUUAAUUAAUGA